CUCGCAGGCUCUCGGCUUGCUAAAUGCAACUGCUUCUACCUCUUCACCUUUAUAAAGCAAACAACUCGAUUUCCCCUUCUCCUUCUUAAUUGCUUCCUCCCACUGUAAUCUCUCUCUCUCUCUCUCUCUCUCUCUCUCUCUCUCUCUCUCUCUCUUCCUCUUCUCACACAGCCGGAUUGAAGAGUAAGAAACUAGCAAUGGAGUUCGACUUCGACCUUGAGAACCCGUUCUCCGGUAGCGAUGAGCAAAACAUCCAACUCUCGAAAGCACUAUUCAUCGGCUGCACAGACUCCGACGAGCCCUCGUUGCUUUUCUCAGCUGAAUCGGACCACAUGAGCUCGCUUGCGGUUGCUCUGGACCAGCUCUCCACCCGUUGCCAUGCCCUCUCCCUUAUCGUCCAGGCCCAGUUCAGCAAUAAUCUCGAUCCAGCACUAGCCUACCUUGCUGUCAACUAUAUCGAUCGGUUCCUCGCCAAACGCGAGAUCCCGAAUGAGAAGCCAUGGAUCGCGCGACUCCUCGCCAUUUCCUGCGUCUCCCUCGCCUCAAAGAUGAAGAAGACCAGUUUCUCCCCUGCUGAUUUACAGAGGGAGGAGGGCUUCAUCUUCGAUGCACGGACCAUCCGGCGAAUGGAACUGCUCGUGCUCGGCGUGCUUGAAUGGCGGAUGCGAUCGAUCACGCCCUUCUCCUUUCUCCGAUUCUUCACGUCCUACUUUCCCCUGGCGAAUCCAAUCAUCAUCCAAUCUCUCAAGACCCACGCCUCUCAGAUCCUCUUCAAAUCCCAAAACGAUGUCAAAUCGCUCGAGUUCAAGCCUUCGGUGAUCGCUGCGGCAGCGCUUCUCGCCGCCGCGCGCGAACUCUUCCCUGCUCAUUUCAUUUCCUUCCGCACUGCCCUGCUCUGCUGUGAAUAUCUCAAUAAAGAGUCUUUGGCAGAAUGCUGCUCCGCGAUGGAGAGCUACGAUACGACUGCCGGGAUUGAGGCAGCAUCGAACGGCUGUGAUUCGGGCUACUCUGCUCUUACGCCGGUGACUGUACUCGACCGCCAUCGCGCCGGCUUGGAAAGCGAAAAGACCGCUGGAUCGGCAUCCAACGGCUGAGAUGCCAAAAAGCGCCGCACUUCUACUACGGCGCCUUGCCUAUUCUGUGACCAAUACCUAACCAAUAAAUUUAAAAAGAAAAAUCUAUUUCCUAUUGAAAAAAAAAAGAGAAAAAAAAAACAGAGAGACAAAAAGAGUGGAAACAUGAUUGUUAGUAUAUGAUAUUUCUUUUUUGAGGGUGGGUAAAACGGGAACGAAGGAAGAAGACAAGAGACAAAAUGUUAGCUAAUUCCUUUUCCUUCUGCCCGUUCGUUGUAAGGGACACUGAGGCAGUAGAAAUUAUUAAUAAUGCCUGCUAUAAAUCAACUCUCCACAUUAGUUAUUUAAUAUUUUAAUUUAUCUGGAAAAGAAGAGUAGCAUUGUCGGACCGUUCUUUCUCCGAUUGGAUUGGGUAGCUGACACGUGUCCAGCCGUGCACUAUACUCCUAAGUAGUUUCUUAUUCCAUGCAUGCAUGUGGUGUCGGGCGACGUAUAUAUAGACGGACGGGCCUACGUACACUACAGCGUCUCCAGAUCUGAACCCGCUUAUUUGUAGUCACGUGCCGAGUUAAGAAUGGAUAAUUAUGAGAUUCUGUAAGAUAAAUUAAUUAAUGUGGAUUAGGGAUGGCAUUUGCUGAUUACUUUGUGCUUUGUGGGAGAUACUGCGAUUUUAUUAGAACAAUACUGUUACUUGAAUCCUUUAUCUAAUAAAUAAGCUUGGGAAUGGUAUUGUACUU